GUACUUUCAAGCUACAACAAUAUAUUCAUAAAUGCAACAACCUUUUAACUACACCACAUCAUGUUAUAAACCUGAUAUCGAUGUAAACCCUGUAGAGAUUACUCAAAUAAGUCUUUUGGUUUUUAGGGUUUUGACGUUGUUUAUAAAAUUCUGGAACGGCAAAAACUAACAUGUAUAGUAAUGAUUUUUAAAUUCUAACAUGUUUUCCCUUUUCCAAAAUCAUUUUUUUAAUAUUUUAAAGGACUUGUGGUAGGUUGAGAAAAAAGAAGUUCAAUACAAAUGCAAACACCCACCUACCCCCUUUGUGAAAUCACCCAUCUACCCUCUCACGUGGACUAAGAAAACGCCACCAACUAGUCAACCAAACCCAUUACAAAUACACACCUAACCCCCCUCACAACCCACCCACCGAACCACCACCACCGGAAUCUCACCAUGGCCGCACCACUCCUCCUCGCCGCCGCCAUCGCCAUCAUCACCCCCAUCAUAUUCUACCUCCUCCAAUCCCUCUACACCCGUCUCCGGUUCAAACUCCCACCGGGCCCACGCCCCCUCCCCAUCGUCGGCAACCUCUACGACGUUAAACCAGUCAAGUUCCGGUGCUACGCUGAAUGGGCCAGAACCUACGGCCCAAUAUUCUCUGUGUACUUGGAUUCGAAGCUGAAUGUUAUUGUGAAUACAUCGGAGUUGGCUAAGGAGGUGUUGAAGGAGAAUGAUCAGCAGUUGGCGGAUAGGCAUAGGAACCGUGCUACGAUGUCGUUUAGUAGAGGUGGUAAGGAUUUGAUUUGGGCUGAUUAUGGGCCUCAUUAUGUGAAGGUGAGGAAGGUGUGUAAUUUGGAGUUGUUUUCUCCUAAGAGACUUGAAGCUUUGAGACCUAUUAGAGAAGAUGAAGUUACUGCUAUGGUUGAAUCUAUUUUUAAGGAUUCUGGUCUUCCUGAUACCCGAGAAAAAGGCUUGGUAAUGAGGGGUUAUCUGGGAUCGGUUGCAUUCAACAACAUUACAAGAUUGACAUUCGGGAAAAGAUUUGUGAACUCGGAAGGUGGAAUGGAUGAACAGGGAAAAGAAUUCAAAGGCAUUGUAUCGAACGGGAUUAGAAUCGGUGGGAAAGUUUUCAUGGCUGAAAAUAUUCCAUGGUUACGGUUUUUGUUCACCGGUGAAAAUGACAUUCUUUUAAAGCAUGAACAACGAAGAGACCGACUCACAAAAGCCAUCAUGGCAGAACACGAUCUUGCACGCAAGAAAAACGGAGCUCAAGAACAUUUCAUUGAUGCAUUGCAUACGCUUCAACAAAAGUAUGAUCUCAGUGACGACACCAUUAUCGGCCUUCUUUGGGACAUGAUCACCGCGGGAAUGGACACAACUUCUAUCUCGGCAGAAUGGGCUAUGGCUGAACUGGUUAAGAACCCACGGGUUCAGAAAAAGGCCCAAGAAGAGCUCGACCGAGUCGUAGGGACCGACCGGAUAAUGUCAGAAACCGACAUCUCAAAGCUCCCUUACCUCCAAUCAAUAGCCAAAGAAGCCCUACGGCUGCACCCGCCGACCCCACUAAUGCUACCACACAAGGCAAAUUCUAACGUGAAACUCGGUGGGUAUGAUGUCCCGAAAGGUGGUAUAGUCCAUGUGAACGUAUGGGCCAUAGCCCGUGACCCAGCCAUCUGGAAGAACCCUGAUGAGUUCAGGCCCGAACGAUUCUUCGAGGAGGAUGUGGACGUUAAGGGUCACGACUUCCGGCUACUGCCCUUUGGUGCUGGUAGACGUGUCUGCCCGGGUGCACAGCUUGCGAUAAACCUGGUUACGUCUAUGUUGGGCCAUCUUUUACACCAUUUUGAGUGGACUCCACCGGCCGGUGUGAAGCCCGAAGAGGUGGAUUUGACCGAGAACCCGGGAAUGGUGACUUACAUGAAGAACCCGCUACAGGCGGUGGCGACACCACGAUUACCGAACAAUUUGUACAAGCGGGUUCCUGUGUGAUACUACAUCUGAAACGUUUGUAGUGUUGUUGCAUUUAGUAAUGUGAAUCACUUGCAACUUUGUGUUAUGUAAUGGGUUUAUGUUACAUGAGCUUGGAUUUGAGCUCACUUUUGGUGGAAUUUUUUAUUUUAGUUUAUAUUGAGUUGUUGAAAGUGGUAUUUAAGGUUAUUUAGGGAUAAAGUGAUCAAAAUGUAACGAAGUUUAUGCAAUUAUUUUGUGUAAUAUCAUAUUUUUGAUAUA